AUUAUAAAUACGUUUCAGGCCGAAAUAAUAGGGACGAAAGAGAAAACAAAAAUCACGCUGUUGACCCCUGAUAGUCGAUAGUAGACUUAUUUUAAUUACUUAUUGUAGAAAUAUAUAAUUUUAUAACUAAUAGUGCAAAUGAACGCGAGUACCAGCAUUGUAGUGCCAGUUUCGGCCGUGGGAGGGAUCGUUUUGUUGAUAGUUUGUUCAAAAAGGAUCCGUUCAAAGAUGUCAUCGCUCUUUUCUUGGCUGCUAGGCACUGUUUCAGGAACUAAAUCUGAAAGCAAUACAUCAGAAGCCAGAAGUAGUCAAGCUGUUGCAACAGCUAGAGAUACCAAACAACCCAAACCCAAAGCAAAACAACGAGUUAAAAAACCAAACAACGAACCUGCUUUUAGCACUAAAUUGGAAACUCCUAUAGAGCAAGUUAUUGAGGAGACACUAAAGGAAGAAAAUACUGAGAAAAAAUCAAAGAAAAAAAAUAAAAAUUGCAAAAAGAGCAAAGUUGACGAACCAGAAAAUGAGGAGUUUGUAUUUGUGAAAGAGGGGACUUCCAAAUCUCCAGCUGUUAUUGAUGAUGUGGGCUAUUCAUUUUUCCCAGUAAAAGAUAGAAGUCGAAAAGGAAAGAAGUCAAUACUUGAAAAGAAGAGUUCUGAGGAAGCCAUAACUGCUGUAAUUGCUCAAGGUAUUUCAAAGAAGAAAGACCCUGUAAGGCCAGCUAUAAUAGAUCAUUAUAAAAAACCAUUAUUAAUUGAAAAGCCAAAGGUAGAAUUAAAGGAGAGCAAAAAGGUCACUUCAAAAGUCUCUUAUGCUAGCAUAGUCACCAAUUCUGAACCAAGUAAUAAUGAAAUUUUCAAAGAAGUCAAUAAAAAUUCUGCUCAAAUUGUAAGUCAGUCUCUAGAAAACCCUGUGGAAGUAGCAGAAGUUGCUAGGGAACUUCAAAAUAGUCCAGGAGCAGGAGGCAAUGAGUUUAUUAAUGAGAACUUGAUUAUUUGUGAAGAAUCAGUAAUUACCGAAGUUCCUAGUGAAGUUGCAACCAUACCAAGAGAUCCAGGAACCCUGGUUGUUAAUCAGAACCCACUUUUCUCUGAAGUAAAGGCAGUUGACAGUGAAGAAGUAAAUGCACCUGAAACAAAUUUAAGUAAAGAGUUUAUUAACCAAGAGUUGCUGGUUUGUGAAAAAAUUAGCCUUACUGAGACUAGUGAACUUGAAAGCAAUCUAAAAGAAGAACUUGAGAUUACUAACCAGGACUUGAUUGUUUGCGAAAAAAUAACCCUUGCUGAAUGUGAAGACCAUCCAAAGCAAGAAAAUAACCAAGGUUUACUCUUUUGUGAAGAAGAAGUAACUUCUACCAGUGAAGAAUUGAAUGAAAUUAAAGCCGAUCCAAGCCAAGAAAAUAUAGAGUUUAGUGACAAAGACUUGCUGGUGUGUGAGAAAAUAAUUGUCUCUGAAGGUGAAUCUAGUGAGUCCAAGUUAAGAGAAACAGUUAAUGAUUUUAUUGACGGCUCAUAUGUUUGUGAGGAAGUGGUAACAUCUAAUUAUAGUGAAGAGUCUAGUGAAGUUAAAGCCAAUCAAAAAGGUUUUGAGAACUACAUUGCUAACCUAGAAUCAACUCGCGAAGAAAUUAUAAUUAGUGGUGUUAGUCCAAAAGACUUUAUUGAGGCUCACAUAGAGGAUCAAGCCAGUCAACCUAGAGAACCCUCUAUUUCAGAAAAUAUUGAUUGUAAUCACACUGAAAAUCAAAUUCGAGAAAUAACAAAGGAAGAAACUCAAAUAGUUGAGAAUAUUUUAAAAGAGUAUUCAAACUCGGACGAUAUUAUCUUAAAUGGUUUCCAUGAAAACGAUGAUACUGUAAUAGAUGAAAAAACAGAUGAGACAUUGAUAAGGGAAAUCAAUACUAUAGAACACUUUCCAGUUGAGAAAAAGGAUAAUUAUCUAACCGACAAUAUGUCUGAAAAACGAAUUCUUGCUUUAAAUGAUAAGGAGCAUCUGGAAUCAACUAUUUAUCGUAUUGAGAAGAACUUCACGUUGCAAUUCCGUUUAGGUCCUUCGCUAUUGGGGAGGAAAAUUAAAUUGUACUGUAACUACCCUAAAGAGAGAGCCAAUGGAACAUUGGAAGAAUUUGACAGAAACAGAUAUCAGCUUUUAAGCUGGUGCCAGGAUGAGGGAUGUAAGAACUCAGAUGAUACAGCCUCAUUUGCCGAAAUCAAAGAGGUCAACGUGGCUGGCAGCUUCCAUUAUUAUUUUGUUUAUGACAAUGAGGACACAGAAGAGAAACAAGGGUCAGGUUAUUUCUUGGUUGAUCCAGUACUACAAUAUGGCAAUAAAGAUACGUUACCUUUAGAUUGCAUCCAGUGCCAGACGGUACUUGCAAAGCAUCUGGGUCCCAUUUCCACAUGGGAAAAUAAACUGAGAGUUGCCAAAGAGUCUGGAUAUAACAUGGUGCAUUUUACGCCUAUUCAGCAACUGGGAGUCUCAAAGUCUUGCUACAGUUUAAGUGAACAACUGAAACUGAAUCCCUCGUUUAGCACAGGAGAAGCAAAGCAAGCUACUUUCGAAGAUGUUGAAAAAUUAAUUUCAAAAAUGAGAAAAGAGUGGAAGGUGUUAUCGGUGUGCGAUAUUGUUCUCAAUCACACUGCAAAUGAAAGUGAAUGGAUUAAAGAACAUCCUGAGGCCACAUACAACUGUUUGAAUUGCCCUUAUUUGAGGCCAGCAUACUUGCUUGACGCCGCUUUUCAUCACUUCUCUAUGGAUAUUAAAAAAGGUUAUUACGAAGAUCGUGGAAUUCCAGCUGAAAUAUCUACUGAAGAGCAUCUAAACGCCUUCCGUUAUCAUUUUAAGACGGCCGUCUUAGAGCCUUUGCGACUCCAGGAACUGUUUAUCGCUGAUGUUAAUAAGAUCCUUGAACAAUUUUUAACCUUAGCAAGGAAAACUCCACCUGUCACUAAUAACGAAAGAGAUCAUCUACCGGAUAUUCAAUUAAUUCAAGAUCCAGAAUUUAAAAGAUUAAUGAGUAAAAUAGACUUAAAUUCAGCUCUGAAGAAGUAUAAUACUUAUAGAUCAGAUUGUUUUGACGAGGAGUCCAGAGUAAAAAGGUGUACUGAGGAUCUAAAAUCAAAAUUAGACUCUUUAAAUGAUGCCCUCAUUAAAGAACUUCAGGGUGAUUUGGAUGCGGCGGUUGAAAAUGUUAUUGCAGGUAUACGGUACUUUAGGGUACAGCCAGACGGACCUAAAAUUAGAGAGAUCACCACUAAAAAUCCUGUGGUUUACCGGUAUUUCACAGAUCAUGGUUCGCCACAAUCAUUGAAAGAAGCUGAGGAAACGAUGUAUUCCGAAGAUAGCAAAUUUAUUAUGGCUCACAACGGUUGGGUCAUGAAUUCGGACCCCUUGAAGAACUUUGCUGAUGCUGGUACUAAAACUUACAUUCGACGUGACCUUAUUGCUUGGGGUGACAGCGUAAAGCUACGCUUCGGAGACAAACCAGAAGACUCUCCUUAUCUUUGGAACCAUAUGCGAAAAUACGUGGAGCAAACGGUUAAAAUAUUUGACGGUGUACGUCUAGACAAUUGUCAUUCUACUCCGAUUCCUGUGGCGGAAUAUCUUUUAGAUUGUGCAAGAAAAGUGAGACCGGAUCUGUUCGUUGUUGCCGAACUGUUUACUAAUUCAGACCUUACCGAUAAUAUCUUUGUUAAUAGAUUGGGUAUCACAUCCCUUAUACGUGAAGCCAUGUCCGCCUGGGAUUCCCAUGAACAAGGGCGCUUGGUAUACCGAUAUGGAGGGGUGCCAGUGGGUUCUUUUGAGCAACCAAGAUUUAGGUUGUUGACCCCAAUGGUGGCCCAUGCGCUAUUUUUGGACUUGACCCACGAUAAUCCUAGCCCAGUUGAAAAGAGAUCAGUAUUUGAUCUGCUACCCUCCACGGCAUUAGUGAACAUGGCAUGUUGCGCCAGCGGUUCAAACAGAGGAUACGACGAGCUGGUGCCCCAUCACAUCCACGUCGUAGACGAAACUCGACAAUAUACUGAGUGGUCAGAAGACGAGUCCCAAGUAAUCGGAAAUGUCAGAUAUGUCAACGACAGGUUUGGUAUCAUAGCCGCUAAAAGAGCCCUUAAUAAUUUGCAUUUUAAGCUUGGUUCUGAAGGUUUUAAUCAAGUGUAUGUAGACCAAAUGGAUGCCGAUAUAGUAGCUGUAACCAGACAUAACCCGAAAAGUCACGUCAGUUACAUUUUGGUGGCAUUCACUGCAUUUGGACACCCAGAUGUGCAUGCUGGGAAUUAUCAAAGGUCGGUCAAACCCCUUAGAGUGGAAGGUGUUUUACAAGAAAUCGUUUUGGAAGCCUCUUUGAGCCACGUGGAUGUCGAAACUGGAGGUUCAAAAUAUACCAAAUUUGGCAAUUUCGUCAAAGAUUCUAAAUGGAUUAACGGUCUGUCGGAAUACCGAGUGUCCCUAAAGCAGCAUAUUGCAAUUGACCAGUCGGAUUUCCUGGAGGAAGCGAAUUCUGGAAGCCCUAAUAUCUUGCAGUUGAACUUUAAGAACUUUAAACCUGGAUCUGUUGUAGUUAUCAAAGUGUCAUUGCAUAAAGAAGCACAAGAAUCUGUAUCAAAAUUACGCACAUUGAUCAACACCAUAUCUGUUAAAAAAGACAGGGAAUUGUCGCAGAUUAUUAGCAAAAUGAACUUAUGUGAUUUGAAUAGAGCUCUCUACAGAUGUGACCAAGAGGAAAGGGAUGAUGGAUUGGAUGUAUACAAUAUCCCAAACUUUGGCCCAGUGGUUUAUUGUGGUUUGCAAGGUUUUAAUUCGAUACUAGCUAAUAUUAGGUCUAAUAAUGAUCUUGGUCAUCCGUUUUGUGGGAACUUAAGAGAUGGAAACUGGAUGAUUGACUAUAUUUGGAAGAGGCUAAAAGUAGACCAAGGCACCAAAGAAUUAGGACAGUGGAUAGAAGAAAACACAAAACCUUUCCGGGGCAUCCCAAGAUAUUUAAUACCCUGCUAUUUUGAUUUAGUUUUCGAUGCUAUACACACUCAUUUAUUAAGACAGUCUUGGGAUCUGAUGUCCGAUUUUUCGAAAAAUGGGUCGGCCUUUGUAAGACAAUUGUCUCUGGGGUCACUACAGUUUGGUGGUUACGUCAAAUCGGCUAAUCUACCCACCCUUUCGCCAAAUUUAGCACCACCAAAACCGAGAACAAGGAAAAAUGACAAGGGAGAAAGUGUACAGGCUUGUGUAACUCUAUCAGCAGGUUUGCCUCACUUUUCGGUUGGCUACAUGCGAAAUUGGGGCAGGGACACGUUCAUCGCUAUGAGAGGGUUGUUCCUUUUAACCGGAAGAUUUGAGGAGGCCAGAGAGCAUAUUCUAGGCUAUGCCGCAUGCCUGAGACACGGCCUUAUUCCCAACCUACUGGACGGUGGAAGAAACUCGAGGUUUAACUGUCGAGACGCUCUCUGGUGGUGGUUGUAUUGCAUCAAAUCGUACUGCGAAGAUGCCCCCAAUGGAACUGCGAUCCUGAACGAUUUAGUUUCACGAAUCUUCCCGAAAGAUGACUCUCCACCGCAACCACCGGGUAGUGCAGAUCAACCCUUAUGUGACGUAAUUCAGGAAGCCUUAAACGUGCAUUUCCAAGGGUUAAAAUUCAGGGAACGAAACGCAGGCCGUCAAAUUGACGAACACAUGACUGAUGCCGGAUUUAAUAAUCAAAUCGGUAUUCAUCCUGAAACUGGGUUUGUUUUUGGUGGAAAUCAAUGGAAUUGUGGAACUUGGAUGGACAAAAUGGGAUCAUCUGAUAAAGCAGGAAACCGAGGGAAACCUGCUACCCCACGUGACGGUUCAGCAGUGGAACUCAUCGGGUUGUCAAAGGCGGCCGUUUCUUGGCUUGCGAAGCUUCACGGAGAAGGGAAAUAUCCAUACGAUGGUGUUCAGAGAACGCACAAAAAUGGCGCAGUAACAAAAUGGACGUUCAAAGAAUGGGCGGACAAAAUUCAGCAGAACUUUGAGAAGAAGUUCUGGAUCGCACCAAAGCCAACCGCAGAAGAACCGAGACCAGACUUGAUCAACAAGAAGAGUAUUUAUAAGGAUUGUUUUGGAUCCUCACAACCAUGGACAGAUUAUCAACUUAGAUGUAAUUUCCCUAUUGCAAUGGUUGCGGCUCCUGAGCUCUUCAACCCCCAACAUGCUUGGGCCGCUUUAGGACAAGCAGAAAAAUACCUAUUAGGACCCCUUGGAAUGAAAACUCUCGAUCCAGAAGACUGGAAUUACCGAGGGGAUUACGAUAAUUCAAACGACUCCGACGAUUUCCAUGUCGCAAAUGGCUUUAAUUAUCACCAAGGACCGGAGUGGGUAUGGCCAAUAGGGUUUUUCCUGAGAGCAAAAUUGUUAUUUGCCUCGCAAAAUGGAAUGCUUAAAGAAACCAUAUCUAACACAAAAGUUAUUCUUUCUAAGCAUAUGACUGAAUUAACUACUUCCGCCUGGAGGGGUUUACCUGAGUUAACCAACAGUAAUGGAAGUUAUUGUCGCGACAGUUCGAGGACUCAAGCUUGGAGUAUGUCUUGCGUACUAGAGGUACUUUAUGAUUUGCAGCAAAUCGAGUCGAAGCAGGUCAUCGUUAACUGACUUGCCGGAAAUUUAGUUUUUAAGCAAAUCAAACCUGUUUGGGACCCCCGAUCAUCCCCGUUGCUCUCAAAUAUUCUUCGGCGACAAAAAAUCUACACGGAGGGCGAUAUUUUACCUUAUAAUAAUAUGACAAACAUAGUCAACGAUGUGUUUCUUAAUUUAUAUAUAAAACGUAAUCAAAAACCAUGCAGCUGUGACGUUUUAAACGUGUCUGCUUUCGUGCCUGGGGUUUUACUAGAUUUACCGAUUUCUUUCUUUGUUAGUAGUACUGUUAGGCCGUACCCUAAGAAAACUUUCUUUUCCUGUUAUUCUAGAAAUAGAUGCUCCAAUGUUAAAAGACAAAGGGCGGCAAUAGAUUUGGACGAAAUCGUCCCUGUAGUUGAAGAAAUUCCAUGUGAAAGAGAUGCGCUUAUUUUAAAUCCUUUACUAUUAGAGGCGAUGCCUAGAAAACGGGUUAAAGCAACCUUAACUGAAUCCGAACAAAAUAAAAUAGCAAGAAUUACCAUAACGUAUAUUUUAGCUUUUUUUGCGUUAGUUUUAACCACUUAUUUUAUAAUUUAUUUAGCGUAAUGUCCUGUGUAUUUAUUGUUACGUUUUAAUUGUGUAGCUCCAAGUUGUUGUUUUUCAUAUAAUACUCUCUAUGGAUAGUUGAUAUUUUUAAGGAAGUUUUACUAGAAAUUGAAUUUUAAACUUUAUAUGAUAUAAUUAAAUGAGUUAUUUAAGUU